AUGGCCGACGAGAUUGAGAAUAAGCCACGCAAAUCGGUAGCUUUCAGCGAAGGAACUACAAUUGUAGACGAGAACGGAGAAGUCACAAUGAAGGAAGACGGGCACGACGAUACUAAAGAGACGGCGCAGUCCCAUUCACCUAGUACGCCGCCACUUUCUCAGGCUUUGGGCGCAUUUACUGAUCCUUUUCAAGGCAAUGACGAUGAAACGACGGCGAAUAUUGAAGAUGAUGGACUGGGCGAUUUGUCGAUGAUGAAGAAGAAGAAGAAGAAGAGCAAGAAGGUUGAGGAGGGUGAAGAGGGAGGUGAUGAAGCCGCUGCGGAUGGUGGUCUCGAUCUCUCGAGCAUGAAGAAGAAGAAGAAGACCAAGAAGACCAAGGACGCCGAAGAUGAUUUCACAGCCCGACUCGCAGCCGCUAACCUCAACGGUGAAGAAGUUGAAGAAGAACAGGCCGCUGAGGAAACCCCGGUCGAUGAUGGUGAUAUGAUGAAGGGAACUGGUAUUUGGGCACACGACGAGACCAGAGCGGUUAGCUACGAGCAACUCCUCUCUCGAUUCUUCACCUUGCUCGCGCAAAAGAACCCCGACCACGCAUCUUCCGGCUCGAAGAGUUAUAAGAUUCCUCCUCCACAAUGUCUGCGUGAAGGAAACAAGAAGACGAUCUUUGCCAAUAUCGCCGAAAUCUGCAAACGAAUGAAGAGAACUGAUGAGCAUGUCACUUCAUAUCUAUUCGCUGAAUUGGGAACCAAUGGUUCCGUCGAUGGUAGCAGACGUUUGGUUAUCAAGGGUCGUUUCCAACAGAAGCAAAUUGAAAACGUGUUGAGAAAAUAUAUCAUGGAAUAUGUAACCUGCAAAACCUGUCGAUCCGCCGAUACGGAACUCAACAAAGGAGAGAACCGAUUGUUCUUCAUCACCUGCAACUCCUGCGGAUCCAGACGUUCCGUCACUGCCAUCAAAACCGGUUUCAGUGCUCAAGUCGGAAAGAGAAGAAGACAACAGGGUUAA